UCUCAGUUUCAGUCAGUCGGCGAGAUGAUAAAGUUCUUUACAGUGGAACUGCUGGUUCUGCUGGCCAGUUCAUCGGUUUUCUCCAUCGAAGUGGACACCGAACUGGGACGAGUGCGGGGAUCGAAUUUGACCUCCAGAUUGGGAUUGCCGUUCCAUGCCUUUCGUGGCAUUCGCUAUGCAGAGCCGCCUUUGGGGAACUUACGGUUUGUGAAUCCCCAGCCUGUGAAAUCCUGGUCUCCAACGACUUUUGAUGCCACCGAAGAUGGACCGAUGUGCCCUCAACCGUGGGACAAUAUGACCGAUGUUUCCGAGGACUGUUUGCGGCUGAAUGUGUAUACGAAGGAUUUGAAAGGUCGCCGACCAGUGAUCGUCUUUCUGCAUCCCGGCGGCUUUUAUGUGUUCUCGGGGCAAAGUAAAUAUUUGGCCGGUCCCGAACAUUUAAUGGAUCGCGAUUGUGUGCUGGUCUCGCUGAAUUACCGGCUGGGUAGCUUGGGCUUCCUGGCCACCGGAACCAAGGAAGCUCCGGGCAAUGCAGGACUCAAGGAUCAGGUUUUGGCAUUGCGAUGGAUUCAGAAGCAUAUCCACCGUUUUGGUGGUGACCCCGGAAGUGUGACCCUUUUGGGCUAUAGUGCGGGUAGUAUCAGCGUAGCUCUGCACAUGCUAUCCCCCAUGUCGAGGGGUCUAUUUCAUCGCGGCAUUUGUAUGAGUGCCUCACCAUAUGGACCAGUUCCCUUUAAAAGCAAUGACCUUUUAUUGGCCCAACGACAGGCUAGACUAUUGAAGUGCCCCCAAGAAUCAGUCAAGAAAAUGGUGGAGUGUAUGAGACAAAAACCCUACUUGGAUUAUGUGAGUACCUACAACGGCAUGUUUGAGUUUGGCUGGAAUCCCGUGCUCAACUGGAGGAUAGUAGUUGAAGAGGACUUUGGGCAGGAGCGUUACCUAAUCGAGAGUCCCUUCAAAACAGCUCGACGUGGCGACUUCCACAAGGUGCCCCUCAUCACUGGCAUUACGGAGUUUGAAUUCCUUUCUGGAGCAUUUUUUGAUUUGCGGAAUGAGAGCAUUGUGAGCAAAUACAACCAGGACUGGGAACACUUUGCUUCAAUUGCCCUGCUUUUGGAUCGUAACUCUACCCACUCACAAAAUGCCAGUCGAGUUUUGAGGGAUUAUUAUAUGCCAGAGAGUAGGGACAAGCUGGAAUAUCCGAAGUCCCUCAAGGGAAUGGGAGAACUCCUUAGCGAUGCCCUGAUUGGAGUGUCCUUCAAUCGUUUUCUUCGCAUAAUGGCCCCCCACACACCCAUUUACACCUAUCUGUUUCGGUAUAAGGGUAGAUAUAGUUUCUUGAAAAAUCCCGAUAAUCAAGAAGCAAUGGGUCCCGUUCACCAUGAUGAGCUCUUAUACUUAUUCCAUGUGGGUCUUUUGAGUCCUCUAUUAAAACGAGAGGACCCUGAGAACUUUAUAAUUGAGCGUUUGACGCGUAUGUGGAUUGAGUUUGCUCAAAAGGGUGAUCCCCACAACAAGAACGAUGAGUACCUGAAAGAUCUUAACUGGCCACUUCACAACUCUCACGAUCAAGCUUAUUUGGAAAUCGGUAACAAUCUUACGGCAAAAACUGGUGGCUUCUUUCUAGAGCGAUAUAAAAUCUGGGAAGAAUUAUUUCCUCUGUCAAGCUUUUCUUAGAAGUUUUCCUGCAUAUUUAAUCGCAUUUCCUUAUAUAAUCAAAAUUAACUUUAUAUAUAUAUUCCUUAUUUUUAUUAGUGGAUAUUUCUACAAAAUUCCAAACCCUACUAAACUUAAAGUUAUUCCGCAAUAAAACAAAUAUUCCUUGAAAACA